UCUCACGGUCAGUCGGCAUGACAACGCGCUCGCGAGGGCAACGGCUGACGGGCGCGAGGAUGGGAGCAAAAGAUGCCUAGUAACGGAACCAGCGGACAGAACCGAGCAACAACGGGGACUGGCUGCGGGACCGGCUCCGGGACCGGCUCCGGGACUGCCCAUGUCCCGGCUAUGGAAAGAGCCCGAUCGGAGACGGUGACGGUGUCCGCGGUGAGCCUCGCGCUCAGCGCUCUGUCCCUGAUGCUGCUCGUGACCGCGAUCUCUACCGACCACUGGUACGAGACGGACACGCGCACUCACAAGCGCAACUGCGACCGCAACGGGUCCGAGUCCAACGACCAGAAGAACCGGGAGAUGCCCAUCUACCACCUCCCGCUGGUGGACACCGUCCGUCAGCGGGAUGUGUCCAUGAUGAAGCCCGUGCAUGUGGGCAGCAGAGAGGAAGAGCUGCUGGAGAACUGGAGGGCCAUUCUGGGGAUGGGCAUCCUGGAGACGGAGUGCGGGAGGCCGCUGUUCUCUGCCCACUCCGGCCUGUGGAGGAAGUGCUACUUCCAGGGCCUGGACCGGGACAUCGACAAGCUGAUCGAGCGGGGCAUUGCAGAUCGCUGCACACCUGUGAAGUAUCACUUCUCUCAGCCAAUCAGACUCAGGAACAUCCCUCUGAACCUCACCAGGACCAUCCAGCAGGACGAGUGGCACCUGCUGCACCUGCGUCGGAUCACAGCUGGGUUUCUGGGAAUGGCGGCAGCCGUCCUGUUGUGUGGAACCAUCGUGGUCUUAGUCGGGUUCUUCUGGGAGGAAAGUCUGACACAACAUGUCUCGGGACUGUUGUUCCUCAUGGCAGGGAUCUUUUGCACCAUCUCUCUGUGUACGUAUGCAGCCAGUGUGACCUACGACCUCUCCAGAAACCCCCCCUUCAUCUAUGGCCUGCCGGCCGAUGUGGACCACGGGUACGGCUGGUCCCUCUGCUGUGCCUGGGCAAGUCUGGGUCUCACCGUGGCCUCCGGCUGCCUCGGCACAGCCUUCCCCUUCCUGAGCCGGGCCGGAGCGCUGCGCUCCAAGACCGCCCGCGAGUCCUCCGUCUGAGCCGCUGCCUGUCAAUCAAACGGGGGGAGGGCUUAAGGACGGGCUGCACUUGGUGGAUGUGAGCCGGGUUCUGCUCAGGUUCUGCCCUGGUGAGGAGGCGUUGGCCUCCACGUGGAGGACGUCUACACCGGUUUAUGAAUCACACUUCUGUCAUUGAGUCUUGUGUUUGCUGACCUCCAUUGGUUUAACUUCUCACCUGUGUGCGAUGAACAGGUGCUCUCCUGUACCCCGUGACAUCAUCACUAGGUGUAGCUACAGGUGCAGGACCACAGUGCGUGUGGUGUGACCUGUAGGAGCUAGCAUGCUAACAGGUUAUCAGGGUCAGUAGCCUCUGUCACUGUAAAUGCAGCCAAUCAGCCUCCUUCUCCUCUGCUUUUUGUUUUUUCACACCUACAGUUCUAAAGAAGAACAUAGAGGAACAUAUUUACAUAUGUGAAGAUCCUGCUUCAGUCUGCUUCCUGAAAACACCCGAACCCUGAAGGUAGCGAGUACAGUAAAGAACGAGAGCAGCAAUUUUCAGAAGUAGUACCUGAAGAUCUAGAGCUGCAUGUAUCCAUAAGGAGAUCAUUUGGAUUGUGUCUGGAUUAUUUUGUUUCCAGCGUUCUCAUAAUUCACGUUUUACAAAAGAGAGUUCAGGUUCUCUUUUAGGAAUCAGAUGAAUUCUUUCAUGCAUCUUCAGGAUGAGAAGAAUCAGGUCCAAACUGUAAAUACUAUGGAAUGACUAAAAACAAUGUGAUGUAAUCUCUAUGGACUGAUUCAACUCUCAUCCAGCCAAACAGAGGAAAAUAGAAGUUAAACAGGUAUUAUUUAAAACAUCAAUAGUGAUAACAUCACAGCCAGUUGUAAUUUCAUUCAAUUUACUUUUUUUGUGUAGCCCAGAAUCACAAUAACAACAAUAAGAAUCCUUUACUUUGGAGGAGAUCCUCGUCCUGUGAAGGACAGACUGCUCCAUGUC